GGGGCUCAGGAGGAGGAGGGGAAGUGAGGUCACUUCCUGUGUUGGGGACGCCGGGGGUCUAUAUAAACCCUGGGACCUGAGCAACUGUUGGUCAGUCUUCUGCAGGAGAGCAGACGAGAGAGAGACGACACCUCGAGGCGUUUCAGUGUUUCUGCUGAUGAUGUUGAAGACACAGAGAUCUCAGCAGCGCGUCGCUCUCAUGAUACUGAUGGUGAUCACAGCCGUGCAGUGUCAGGAGGACCAGAGCAGGAGGGCGGUCACAGAGCAUCAGCUGAUGCACGAUCGCGGUCGCUCCAUCCAGAGUCUGAGGCGCUUGAUCUGGCUGUCCAGCGCGAUCGAGGGGCUCCACACGGCGCAGGCGCGCGCACUGAGCGCUGUCGAGGACGAGCCGGACAGCAGGUGGCGCGCGCAGCCCAAGAGAGCGCUCGAGACGCUUCUGAGUGACGUGUACAGACCACACCUCCUCACCGCUGCGCUCGAGGACGGAGGGAAAUAACAUCAUCUCGAAGACACGUCCGAGUCACCGAGGACUGUCCACCCGUCUACACUGAUGUCUACACUCAUUAUGAUCAACAACACGCUGUUCUACACAAACCACGCUGAUUAUAACGCAGGCGAUGUAGCUGUGUCUCCAUCUGCGCAGACGCAGAACUGCUGCUGUGUAAAUCUGUCCGUCAGUCUUUAAACAUUUCUAUUUGAGACAUGCUAGAUACCAUGGUACUUCAAACACACCACCUAGUGUCACAUAUGGUUUCCACAGAGUACUUUGUGACUGUAUUUAUUUACACACGUGCAUAAUGAUAGUACUUUUUUGGGUGGAAGUAUUUCUGGUGUGCAUUUAUUCAUCGGAUGUCAUGGUAUGCGUGUUUGGACAGGGUUCAGAUAUCUAGUAAAUCAUUCUUGCUAUUAUAUUUAUUUAUAUGGACGGCUAUAAACCGAUCGUAUUUUUGAUUUACUAUGUGUGUGUGUGAUUAAAGAUGCUUUUAAGUA